GUUGUUCUCACUGCCAUCACCCAUCAGCAGUAGUGAAGACUGAUAAAAGAAUAAGGACCUAACGGUUCGAUUCCGUCUUCCCAAGUUCCCAGUCAGUUGUUCAUCAGUGCAGUACGACAUUCACGGCAAAGUGGUCUCUAUAGAGAACCUGUUACCGUGGCUGACCUGAAAACUGCGCUUCGUGUAUCAGUUUAUCAAUGCAAUGUUUGUAUCAGUAGCUACGGUUGGCUAAUUUUGAGCUUAACUAAACCUCUCGAACACUAAUGACUGUCAAGUUCAACAGGAGGCAAAUACUGACAGGGAAGUGUUUGAGUCAGGCCCAUUGCGCUAUGCCUGAGUGGCUUCUGAUCUCCAGUUCACCCACCGAAAACUGAAGGAAAGAAUAUGGAAGAAUAUCAAACGCCAUUGAUAAAAAAUAUAUGAAUUUCUUCUGUAAAAGGAGCGCAUAAGAUAUGUUUCUCCAAAACAAAGGAAGACAUUUCACUCUCAGAUCAAUAAGGUGAAGCUCAAGGAAAGGACAUAGGUUAACCUCAUAUAUUGUCAGAAAAAAAAUAAUGGAGGAACCACUACCUUGUGCUCUCCCUGCUUCAAGCAUAAGCCAAGAGGAGGAUAGAGAUUUAUUUACUAAGCCAGCUCCCAUACUUGCAGGAUUCUCUUGUGAAAGAUGUGGCACAAAUUUUUCUGAAAAUCAUAACUUUCUUGCAUUUUUGCAAUCAUCUGAACAGCGUUUUUCAUGUGAAACAUGUGGUAAGGAGUUUGAUCGGAAAGAAAUGCAAGGUAUAAUUAUUGGAAAAACUACCGGCGAGCAAGCGUAUGCAUGCGAAAUAUGUUACAUGACUUUUAAAGGAAAAGGAAACCUUAACAGACACAUGAGAAAGCAUACAGGCGAACGUCCAUAUGAAUGUGAAAUGUGUGACAAAAGAUUUAGUCAAAAAGGGCAUCUUGUGAAGCACACUAGGUGCCACACAAAUGAACGGCCGUACGUUUGCAAUUUAUGUGGCAAGUCUUUUAUAGCAUCUGACUAUCUCAGUACACACAUAAAAGAACACGCUGGUGUACGCCCCUUCGAUUGUGAAAUAUGUGGUAGGGGCUUCACACAGAAAGGAAACUUGAACAAACAUAAAAAACGACAUUUUGGUGAAAGGUCUUAUUCCUGUGAGAUUUGUGGAAAUAGUUUUACCCAAAAAGAACACCUAAAUAAACACAUGAGGCGCCACACACAGGAACGGCCUUUUGAGUGCGAGUUCUGCGGUAAAACUUUUGCCGACAAAGGAUAUCUCGGUAUACAUCAAAGGCAACACACAGGCGAAAGGCCAUAUUCUUGUGAAAUAUGUGGUAGAGCAUUUGCUCGACAGGAAACCCUGAACGUGCACCUGAGGCAGCACACUGGUGAGCGACCGUACAAAUGUGACGUUUGUGGAAGACGUUUUACUGAAAAUGGAACCAUGAAAAGGCACAUGAUGAGAAAGCACACUAUUGGGAAACAAUUCACUUGUGAAGUGUGUGGUAAAAUUUAUCCAGAAAAAGGAAUCCUCAAACUACACAUGAGAAAGCACACAGGUGAAAGACCUUUCUCAUGUGAAAUCUGUAGUAAAACUUUUACAGAAAAUUCCAUUCUAACUAGGCACAUGAAAAAGCAUACAGGUGAGCGUCCAUACUCUUGCCCAAUAUGUGGUAAAAAUUUUACUAGGAAAGGAGUUGUGGAUAAACACAUGAAACUCCAUGGCAGUGAUGAACCUAAGAAAUCUACUGAAAUAUCUACUGUGUCACUGGAACUAAAUCCAGAAAUGGUUAAAGAAGAGGUUAAAGAUGUGGAUAUAGAUAUAUGCAUAAAAGAAGAAGACAUUAGUGAUGAAACUAUCUUAUCAGAAGCACCUAGCUCUUCAUAAUUAUCUUGUCAGAUUUAUUUUGCAUAUAGUGUACAUUGUUGUUUAGGGAGCUAAUUCAUUAUAUCUCCUGAACAGACAUCUCAUCAGCUAGCUAUGAUUUUUCUUUUUAAAUAUCUUUAUAAUUUUAUAAAAAUAUUUUAACAGAAAAAUCAUAUACUGGUAUCCAUUACUGUAUAUUUAAUAUCAUGGUACCAACAAAGACAUAAUUUAAGAUAUAUAAAAUUCCAGCUUUUCUGUUGGAGGUUGUCCUUUUGAUUGUGAAGAUAGUAUAAAAACAAAUUUUUAUAGUUUACAUAAGAUCAACAACUCUUAUAACUGGAGUAGUGGAUGGUGGUAUCAGAAAUGGAUUAGUCUCCUCUAGCAGUGUUAUAUUGUAGAGAAUAUUCUAGGAAUAAGGCUUUUCUGUAAUUGAUAUGCUAAUCUUAGGACACAUAUGCUAUUGUGUUAUAACCAGAUUCACAGAAAGUAAGUAACAGCCCUUUAUGGAUCUUAUUUAAAAGAUAGAUGCUAUUUCUGAAAUGGAUAACAUGAAGGGUAUCAACAGCCCAGUUGCCUCCGAGAAGAGAAAAAUAUCUUAAACUAAGAAGUUGAACUCAAGGCAAGGGACCUUUUGGCACCUUAUCCUUGGCAUUGUAUCACAGGAUACCAAAAAGUCAUGCUUGUGAUAUUAUUGUAUUCAUUUUUCUCUAUUUUCUUGACAAAGCUAAUUUAGUGAGACAUUAACCUAUUUAUGUUUAAAGUGACAACAAGAGCACCUCAAGUUUAUGGACAUUCCAGGGAUCUGGCUUUCAGAUAAAUUAUGAAAUCUUUAAGUAAUGAAACUCUGUCUAUAAUCAUGAUACCCCAGACCCAACUUGCAUAGCUUAUACAGUGCAUAACAGUUCCUUGUAAGUAUUUGGCUAUCCUAACCCAUAGUUUAUAAUUAUCAUUCAUCAUAAGAGUUUCAUUUACUUCCCAUUCAAUAUCUAAUGUUUGUCUUCAAAAUUACUUUAAAAAUACAGUAGAUCAUGGCAAAAACACUGCAAUGCGGAUGACUAGUUCUACAUUUAGGUACAGAGAUUUCAUACAAUACAAAAAUACCAGAAACAUUUACCGUAUUUCCCCCCCGACAUAAAAGACGCACCCCCAUUUUACACAUAUUUUGUAGGGAAAAAAAAAUCUACUGUAUCAUACAUUUAUUGAAAGAAAUUUUUAAAUGACUUUGUAUGGAAAAAUGUAUGAUUGUGCAUGAAAUACAAUAACGUGAAAGUAUACCAAAAUAAAAUACGUAUGGACUUUGUAUGAAAUUUACCAUAAAUAAAGAACAGGCGGCA